AUGAGUCUUCUGGCUAAUCCUCUGGCCUUUGAAAUCACCGCAAUCACUUUCUUCAUCCUCCUUCUAAUUUGCUUCAUUUGCAUCCUCCUUUUAUUGGUGGUUUUUUUAUAUAAAUGUUUCCAAAGCAAGAAAGAUGUACAGACAGAAAAACGCCCUGGUGCAGAUGGUAAUGGAGGUGAAGGUUGUUUAGCUGCUAAUGUGGAGGCGAACAUUUCAAGAGACCAAGAAAAGACUCUCCUGACACAAAUCAUAGACUUGAACGCACCCAUGAGGCCUGGCAUUCUUGUCCAGAGACGGAGUAAAGAAGCAUUGAUCACACCCUUAGAAGAGAAAGAAAAUAUGGAAGAAGAGGGGGAGGACAUAGUAAGAGAGAAGCAAGAACCUAAGAAUGCUGAAGGAAAUGGUCAAGAGGAUGAUGAUUUGCAAAAACCACCCAUACCUGUCACCAGAAGUCAAUCAGCUGUUGAAAACCACAGAAGACCUUUAAAAGGAGUGACAUUUUCUAGGGAGGUAAUUGUUGUGGACCUUGGGAAGGAAUACCCGAAACCUCAAAGCUACCCUUUAGAACAUAAAGAGAGAAAAUUAGCUCAGAAAAGUGUGGGUAAACGAAAUGUAAACUUAGAUGAACAAUGA